AUGAAGCUCGAGGAUAUCCAGUUGACUCUGGACGGUGGCGAGUGUAUACCAGAGAUUGUUUCUGCUCUUGUCACACUGAAGUACGAGAAGGGGGAGAAGAAGUCUCGGGAUCACCGGACUCGACGGGUUGAGUCGUUCAAAGAACCAAGCCUCAAGACCGUCGAUCUCGUCCUAAUCCUCCUCGCCCACGGCCUCCGUUAUGGCUUGUUCAAAGACGGCGCUACAUUGGACAAAAUCCUUACAGCGGCCAAAGCCCGUGGUGACCGAACUCUUCGAUGGAAACAUCCUGAAUACCCCUUCAUUCCCACCAUGACUCGCCCAAGGGCUGGAAUAUGGAUACUGUCAAGCCCGGCAAGUUAUGAACAGAUAUGGAGUACUAUCCGCAAUAUGGGUGCUGCGAAGGAUCUUGUUCGACUCCAGAAGGACAUCAUCACUAUAGCAGACGGUGGUGCCUCGAGAGCUCUAGGACAUGGCGAUCCGCGGUCCACUAGAUGUUACAACGGACAAGAGGAUGAGGCACUCGGCAAGCACAAGACUAAGCUACCAACCACGGCCAUUGACAAACGGAUUGUUCAGUCGGGCAAUGCGUACCGAAAGCUCACCCGGCCCGAUAUAAAACUGUCGAUCAACGGCUACUUGAUACAGAACUCCGACGAUGUUUAUAAGGUGUUACCGCCUUCCUGCUUGCGCACCUUCCCUACAGGCACGGUGCCACCUGCCUACCAUGGAUUCAUGGGGACGACAAGACCUCUCAGUUUCUUCCUCUCACCCAAGCCAGGCAAAGAGAACGAUGGAAACCACGAAUGGAAGGCAGUACGAGUCCGCUACGCGGUGUCUGCAUUGAGGCAACAUCGCCAACAAUGGGAAAAGACACAAAACGGUCCAAAAGACCAACAGUCGGAUAUCUACAAGCGGUUCAAAGGAAAGGAUUGGGUUCCAUCGACCAGACUAUUAUCUUCUUCUACUACUCGACCAUCCUCUUCCAUCCAACUCAAUGAUGACAACAGCAAUCUCGACCUUGACGGGGAUACCCUUAUCCCUGACGUUCUGGACCCUGCCCUCUUCGAACCAUUCGAUCCUGAUGUUGACGAUGAAGAUGAGAAGUCUUGCGAACUCUGGGAUACACUGGAGUCGGCGAACAUCAAGGAGUCGGCUACUAGUACAUUGGCCCACGACGAGCAAGGGGAAGACCUUACUAUGCAGAGUUUGGAGAUGCUCUUGACGGAUUUGCAACACUAUCUUGCUGCUAUGGAGAAGGAGGAGGUUGAUCCUCUGAACCUCUCACCUGUCGAAUUUGUCCACUACUUCUCUCGCUACAACAUCGUUGUCAACAAUCGGAUCAAAGGGGGCAAAAGUGCUCCUCUCGAGAAUUUCAAAGGCAGGGUCGAAUAG